CACACACACACACGGACUCCCCUUCACGAGCUCCCCUCCUCCGCUGACUCCCACAUACACACUCCACCUCAACCUCCACCUUCAGAGCCCUUAGGAACACACACACACACACACACACACCACACACACACCACACACACACACCACACACACACACGGACUGAGUGAAAUCAGGGCGCGAGCAUGGCGCAGGGGCACACCGCCGCUCCGCGCGCCUUCUCCAAGCGCCGACUUUAACCGGAUCGACCUGUAGCCUCGUGUGUGUGUGUGUGUGUGUGUGUGUGUUCUGUCCCGAUAUGAAGCGGUGCUCAGCGCUCGGAUUUCUGCUCUUCUGUACUUUAUUUCCAGCGGGAUUUUUAUUACUGAACCGGGACAAACGGAAACAGUGCAGCCAGGACGAGGCGAGACAGCUGAACUCGUUCCUGUGGACGAUAAAACGUCCUGCCCCUCAGCCGCCCUCCUACCUGUUCGGCACCAUCCAUGUGCCGUACACACGUGUGUGGGACUUUGUGCCUGAGAGCUCAAAGCGAGCCUUUCAGAGCAGCACGAGUGUGUUCUUCGAGCUUGACCUCACUGACCCUGUGACCGUGUCCAAGCUGGCCAGCUGUCAGCUCUUACCUAACGGUGAGAGCCUGAGGAGCCUGCUGCCUCGGGACAUCUACCUCCGGCUGAAGCGCCACCUGGACUACGUGAGACACAUGAUGCCGGCGUGGGUGAGGGCUGAGCAGCGCUUCUACGCCGACUACCUGUUCAAGGCCAUCGCCGGAGACUGGGAGCGUAAGCGGCCCGUCUGGGUGAUGCUGAUGGUGAACUCGCUGACUGAGUGGGAUGUGAGGUGGCGUGGAGCUCCCGUGCUCGACCUGUUCCUCGCCCGCGAGGCCGAGCGCAUGGGCAAGAAGACAGGCGCUGUGGAGGACGUCGAGGAACAGUGUCACCCGCUGAACGGACUCAGCUUCUCCCAGGUUCUGUUUGCGCUGAAUCAGACGCUGCGGCAGCAUGAAGGUGUGCGUGAGGGAAGUGUUCAGGGUCCCUUCACCACCGAGGACCUCAUCACACACUACAACUGUGGAGACCUCAGUGCCAUCAUCUUCAACCACGACUCCUCCCAGCUCCCUCACUUCCUGAACAGUUCUCUGCUGGAUCACGAGCGUUCCACAGCGCAGCAGAUCGACAGCUACCUUCGCCAGGAGCUCAUCUACAAGCGCAACGAGCGAAUGGCACACCGCGUCUCCACCAUCCUUCAGAGGAGCCCCUCCCAGAGUUUCUUCUUCGCCUUUGGCGCCGGUCACUUCCUGGGCAACCAUAGUGUCCUGGAUAUCCUGAGGCAGGAGGGCUAUGAGGUAGAACACACACCGGCCCAGGAGCCUGCUGCCACACUGAGCUGGAAUGGAGAGAUGGAAGGUACCACUGUGACGCAGAGCGGGGUCAGUCCUGAACCGGUGACCGAGGGUACGUCAGAACCUCCUGAGGUAGAUGAGGAACUUCCACAUCUGCUGGAACCGGAUAGUCUGAGUCAGCUGGAGGAGUUUGGGAGGCACCAGCGCCCUCGGAAGGCCCAGAGGCCUCACAGCAGGCAGCGGCUCUUCAGCGACCUGUGGGUGCGAAUCGGAUACAGCACGACGUCGCUUCCGAACGUACAGAGAACCAACGACUACGUGACGACGAGAACUUCACUCAAGCUGCAGGAAGAUCAGCACAGGAGAAGAUCGUGGCUCAGUAAUCGAAAAGAGACUCCGCCUCCCAGCCUUAAAGGCUUAGCCACGCCUAGUUCUGAAUCCACGUUGCCUUUUAUUUUCACGUGCCUUCUCACACAAGUGCUGCUGCUCUUCUUGUCUUGACCACAAGAGGAAGCCAGAAACACACAAUUCACACAAACUUUAUCGAAACUGUAAACUAUUGUUUUUGCAAUAAUAUUGAGUUCAGUGAUAUAAAAAAGAACAACAAAAACAAACAGGAUAUAAAGUAAAGCCUUAUUUGUAAUGAAGUACACGUAAAGGUCACAUGCCACGAAGUCGGAGCGACCUGAUUGGACGAUUCUCAUCAAACUACCAAACCAAAUAAUCAUUUAUACUCUUUAUACUUAAAUAAACAUCACAAUUCAUGAACAUUAUUAAGAUUAUGGUUUAUUUUCCUUUAAUUAAACUGAUUGAAAUCCAAAAAUUGAUUAGUUGUAGCUCUUGGUGCCUCAAAGGAAACAAAUCCAUCAAUAAUAAACUCUUAGUGCCUUAAAGUUUAGUUUUGGUGAAAUGCUGCUCCACAAGGACAUAAAUAUAUAUCACCUUCCUUUAGAUGUUAAACAAAAUAUGUUAGUUCAUGAAUAAAACACUGUGUUGUGCUGUUAGAGGAAAAUAAUCACUGACAGGAUGGCAUGAUGAAGCAGCAUUACUGUGUUUUAAUCCUCUCACAACACAGCAAUUUGCCAACUAUUACAAUUUUUAAUUAAUUUCAACACACAUCAUACUUUUUUUUUUUAUCCAUUUAUAGCGAUGUCCGGUGUUGUAGAACGGCCAUGACGCAAGUGUCCACUUCCCUUAUUGCAGCUUUAACCAGCCGGCUCCUUACAGAACACUUCACAUCGACAGUUAAACCCGGAACGUUUACUGUACAAGUCCCUGUAAACGAGCUGUUACUAUAGAAACAAUAGCGUAUUAGAACGAGCACAUUAAACCAUUAAAAUCCUGCGCUACUGUCAGAGCUGCUGUUCUAGGAAAUUAAUCGACCAAUCAGAAUCCAGAACUCAGCUGCCAUCUUGUGAAGAGAUCACUGAAUAGUGUAGUAACGAUGAACAAGAUUUUAAGCAAUAAAUCCAGCACAAACAAACGUAAAUAAACUGACGCAAUGCAGAAACAAGUCAAAGGGAAACAUAAUAAUAAUAGUAAUAAUAAUACAGUGAUAGAGUUCACACACUUAUGUUUUGUACAAUUUGUUCAUAAAGAAAUUGUAUAUUUAUUAUUUCUUAGAGAGUAUAU